UUUGCAUAGUAAACAUUAAACUGUUCUGCAGACUGAGCAGCAAGCUUCAGGAAAGUUUAAGUGUUAUUAGAGUCCAUUUUCUAACAGAAAAUUUACCUUGUAAAAGUUAUUUGAACAGUCUGCUCCUCUGUUACAGGAUUUUUUCAAGUAAAUCUCUUCUUUAAUACUGUGUUUUAAUAAAUAUGAUCAGUUGUUGUUUGAGAGUCUUAGGAAUUUUCAUCUUAACACAAGCAUGUGGAAGAGCCCAGCGUCUAACACAGGAUAUCCUAAUGAUGCAAUACCUUGAGCAAAGACUAGCGCAACUAGAAGAUAGAUUAACAAAAUGCCAUGAAGAGUCUUCCAAAUAUGCCCAAGAGUUAUAUGACUUUUCUACAGAAACAAGGAGUAGGUUGGAUAGUUUAAACACAUAUAAAUCUGAACUCAAGAAUCAAGUAGACAAUGUGGUGACAAGGGUGGAGAAGAUUGAGCGGGAUGUUGACUACCUUGAGGCCCAAACGCCACAGCAGCCUUGUAUAGAAGUGGAUGAAAAUCUUUUGAAAGAACAGGUUCGGGAAGCAGAAAGCAAGAAAAAGGCAAAACUCAAACCAAUCCCAGAUUGUGAUGGAAUGUUAACAAGCAUCAAAUCCCUCAAAAUUGUUAAGAAAAGUGGAGACACUCAAGGUUCAUGGAUGAAGGACCCUGCCAAAGAUUCUCCAAAAAUAUAUUUUUUAAGUGGAUCCAAAAAUGACAUGUUUAUGGAGUUUUCAAAUAUGAAAGCAUUUACAGAAGGCAAUGCAGCAAAGAACAUAACCCUGCCCUUUCCUUGGCAAGGCACAGGUCAUGUUGUGUAUAAUGGUUUCUUGUAUUUUCACAAGAGUGGAUCUACAAAUGAAAUUAUAAAGUACCACAUUCGCAGCAAGAAUGUGACAGACAGUAUGAUACUACCAAAUGCUGGCCGGGUGCCUGCUUACCAGCUUUCUCCUUACACAUUCAUAGACUUGGCUUUGGAUGAGCAAGGUCUUUGGUCCAUCCACGCAGACCCAGACAUAAAUGGAAAUAUAGUGCUCACUAAGAUAGAUCGUGGAAGUCUAGCUGUAGAGCACAGUUGGGACACUACCUGCAGCAGCAAGGAGGCUGAAGCUGCAUUUUUGAUAUGCGGCACAUUAUUUGUUGCUUACAAUUCUGAAUACGGUGGUCGCUCAAGAAUUCAGUGUAUUUAUGAUGCCCAUGAUAUCGCUACCAGUGAUGAUAUGCCCAUUUUGUAUUUUCCAAAAAGUUACACUAGACAUUCUGUUAUGCACUAUAACUUCAAGGAGAAACAGAUUUAUUCUUGGGAUGAUGGAUACCAGACACUUUACAAAGUGACUACAAAAAAAAAAUCAGAGAGCCCAUGAGGUUAAUCAAAGGUAGUGACCCUGAGAUUUUGGCUGAUAGGCACAUUACACUAAGUUAUCCAUUCACACAUUUGUUUUGCUUUUAGUCUUGUAUUAAACAUUUACCAGCUUAUAAAUAUUCAACAUUCAAAACAAGAUUAUUUAAAAAGUUAUAUACAUGUUUCAUACAUACUGUAUAUGUAAACUCUGUUAUAUCAGGAUACUUCAAUACAGUUGUUUAGAGUACCCGGAAUAUCACAGAAUAAACAAAGGCAUAUUUUGUAAGCGUCCUACAAGUAAUACAAACAUUACAUAUAAACUUUAUAAUGUGUAAUGCAAACUAAUGACUAUUAUGCUGUUUUUCAAAAGGCUGUAAAACUAACUUAUUUACAAUAAAUUUGCCUGUUUGAGUUUUUAAGGAAUAUUUGCUUAAUUGUACAGAAACAAAAUUAUGAAUAUAUUUUACUUAGAUCUAACAAUCAGUACAAAGUCAAAAGAACUCCAAUUACCUUUUCGGGUUGUCUUGAUUACCAAACUUACCAUUACCCUACACUUUCUGAGAGCAAAGAUUCAUUUCAUGCAGUAGUUUUAGAUAAUAAAUCUCAAAAGAGUGACAUGACGAGCUCUGAUCACAAAAAUACACAUUAUACGUAUACUGUACUAUACUGGGUGCUUCAUUGCUAACUGAAGAAUCAUAAUGAUGGAUUCUGAUGAACUAAAGCAAAAUAAACGGUAAUAAUUGUCUGUCAGUUCAUUUGUGUAUACAAUAUGCAUAUAUAUAUAUUUUCCCAUAUCUUCCAGUACAGGUGGAAGUUAGGGCUGGAGCAUACAUUAGUAGAAAAUUUUGAAAAUAAAGAAAAAGGUGUAUUUAGGAAAGCAAGGCUGGCUUUGCUUUUAUGGUUCCUUAGACCUUAUCAAAGGAACAACAUUAUAUUCUGUACUGCAUGCUUUUAACUGACACUGUCAAAUAUAUUAUUAAAAGACUGAAAAACCU